AUGGAAAAAUAUAAGGACGAUAAGGAUUUUGACGAUGCUGAAAAAGUACCAUGUUGUACUUCGAAGAGAUGGUUGCUAGCGUUCGUUGGGUUUGCUGGAUUUUUCUGUAUGUACGCCUUGCGGGUAAAUAUCAGUGUAGCAAUUGUGUGUAUGGUCAAGCCAGAUAAUACGACAAAUACAAAUCAAACUCUGUACACGGACCCAACAUGUGAAGACCUCACUCACGAUAACACCACGCAUGACUCAGCAGAAUUUGAGUGGGAUAAGACAGAACAGUCUGGUAUUUUAGCCUCCUAUUUUUAUGGAUAUAUCGUAACACAGAUACCGGGAGGAUGGUUAGCUGGUCGAUAUGGUGGGAAGAAAGUCAUAGGAUUUGGACUUGCUCUAAGUGCAAUGCUCAAUGCAUUAACUCCGGUCGCAGCUCGUUAUGAUUUGAGGAUAGUCACAACCAUUCGUGUUUUACUGGGAAUAUUUUCGGGAGUGAUGUUUCCAGCUAUGCACUCGAUGUGGGGUCAGUGGUCACCACCUUCUGAGAGAAGCCGACUGACCUCGUUCACAUAUUCUGGAACCUUUAUUGGUAACAUUAUCACCUUUGCUGUUUCUGGACUUCUUUGUGCUUAUGGAUUUGAUAAUGGUUGGGGUUCUAUAUUCUACCUAACUAGUAUUGUGACUAUAGUAUGGUUAUUUUUCUGGUUUUUCCUGGUUUCCGAUACACCGUCAGAACAUCCCAGUAUAUCCAACAUUGAAAAGAAAUACAUUAUUGAAGGUGUUGGUAAAUCACAAUCAAGGGUUUUAUCAACGCCAUGGUUGGCUAUUGCAAAAUCCAGAGCUAUGCAUGCAUGUUUGGUGGCACAUUUCUGUAAUAAUUGGAUACAUUACACAUUACUGACUGGCCUACCAUCUUUUAUGAAAGAAGCAUUAAAAUUUGAUAUCAAACAGAACGGUGUGUUAUCAGCAGUGCCAUACAUGGCAAUGACCAUCUCAGUAAUCGUAUCUGGCCAAACAGCCGACUUUCUGAGAAGGAAAUAUUUAUCAACCAAAACAACGAGGAAACUGUUUCAGAUUUCUGCGUUUAUUGGGGCAGGAGGUUGUUUGGUUGGUGCAGGUUUUGUAACAUGUGAAAACAGAAUGGUCGGAGUAGCGUUGUUGACAUUAGCUGUAACGUUUGAAGGGAUGUGUUUUGCUGGAUACAUGGUCAAUCAGGUUGACUUUGCUCCGAGAUACGCGGGAGUAUUAUUUGGUAUUAAUAAUUGUAUAGCUACCAUACCUGGUAUGAUAGCACCAAUAGUAGUAGGGGCAUUGACUCCAAAUAAAUCUCAAGAAGAGUGGCGGAUUGUCUUUUAUGUUUGUGGUGGAUUUUGUCUACUUGGUGCUGUAGUUUUUGGAUUUUUCGCUAGAACAGAUCUAGAACCCUGGGCUGUCGAGAAAAUUGUGAUCAAAGUAGACGAUAAUGCAACUAAAGAGGUUCUGGAAUAUGACAAUCAAGUUUUCGAGAAGGAGGACGUAGAAUUACCUGAUGGUUUUGUGGAUGUAAAACUGUAA